AGUUUUAUUCAGCUGAGAAAAAUUUGUACACAAUCUGCAACUUGCUAUUUUUUUAUAUUGAUAAAUCUACCAUUUUCUCGAUGGAGGAAGAAGUUACAUCUGGCAGUGACAAUAUCGUCACUGAGUUCAACACCUAUGAGGAAUUUCUGGACUCACAAAUUACGUCUUUAGACUUGCUAUACCUCGAGGAUGAAGAACUUGCAAGGCAGCUGGUGGAACUCGGUUACCGUGGAAGCGGUGAGGUGUUGAAGAGAGAGGAGUUUGAAGCCAGGAAACAGGCGGCAGAGGCAAGCAGGCUCUCAAAGAGAAGCCAACAAAAAGCGCUCGCCAGCUCAGGCAAAGAGCUAAAGAAUCCGUUCCUGAAGGCACUUGCCCAGCGUGAAGAGGCAAACCGGAGUGGCAAGAUGACUUCCAUUAUCUUCAUCCGAGACAAGAAUGCUCGAGGCCAAGAGAUCUCCGGCUACAUCGACUACGCUCACAGACUGAAGACCGAAGACUUUGAUCCGUAUUUCUCCGCCCGGAAACGACUCCUACCCAGACCCUCAGAUCUCAGUUUCUACAACUGGGAGACCCAAACCUCGACUUCCAACCCGACUCCAAACUACCAGGUGAUCGCGGAGAAUGCAUCAGGGCUGCUCUUCAAGAACAAGAGAGAUCGCAAGAUUUUAAACGUUGAUCCAAAGGCAGCCUCACCUGGCGAUAAUUCAACCCGUACACCCCUGACCUGCCCACAGUAUACGCAGGUCGUCAUCUAUGAUCACAUCACAAGGCGGAAGACAUAAGCUGAUUAGCCAGUCAUUUGGAAAGGAGGGGGGCUUAUGUUUGGAGAUUGUUCUUGGUAAAAGGCAAGAAGUAAUCACUUACUGCUUUCAAUGGAUGAGCUAACAUAAUGCAAUCCACACACCAGGCAUAAAACUUCUCAACUGUUCAACUGAUUUCCUCUUCUGCCCCUAAUUUUCAGAACCAUAAAAAAAAACCUGAAAAAACACUGUAAGUUUUGUAUUUAUAAUAAUAAUAAUAGCUAGUUCUUGUAGCGCAUUUUGCAAAAAUGUUCAAUUCGCUCACUCAAUCCUUUAAUUUGUCUCAGCU